AUGACGUCGAAUUAUAAUAGUGAAAGUAAGAUGGCACUGCAAAAUGACGGAAUCUUUCACAAUCCACACGCGGUAGAAGACGACAGUGGGUACGCCAGUAGUGACGCUAGUGCCACAAUGCCAUCCUUGAUGUCAAAUAGUAACAGUGAAGAGGAAGAGACGCCGAGACUGAGCGAUCAGCACGUCCGAUGGGAUCAGCAAAGGGAAUCUGAGGCGACCAAUGGACGCUUCAGGCUAAAUCGAACAAGUAUGGCCAAACAGCUCGAACGAUUUAGGCUCCGGCCUAACCUUACUGAGACUUCAAGAUCGAAGACAGAUUUUGACACUACGACCGCACCCAAAGAGCCCACGAACGAACCCAAGGAGCAACCGAAUCAGGAGCAGGCAUUAGAAGUUCAAGAAAUAAAAGGACAGGGCCAGCAGGGCCAAACGGCUAAGACGAGGGUCCAGCCAGACGAUUAG